GCGCGAGGCAGGGACUCAGUGGCUGGCCGCCCCGUCCUGCAGCAACAUCGUGUGGCGCCGCCCUCCGCCACCUGACGUGCCUCCCUCCACGCUCCACGAGUUCUCCAAUCCCCGCACCGUCGUAAGACAUCGCGGCAAGCCACUUACCGCCAAGCAUUGACAGCUGUGAGACUGCGGUGCAGGACCAAGCCAGUGACUGAAAACACACGAGGUGAAUCCUCUGAUAUGACGUGCGGUGCUUUCUCUUGGCGUCCUGAAAAACUAUGAUCACUUCCAAAAUGGCAAAAAAGGACGAAAACGAGUCAGAGGGGGACAGUGUAGACUCUUCUGUGGAUAAUAACAAUAAUAACGAGUGUUCUCAAGACGCAUCAGCGGUUCCAAGCGGAAAGUACCAACUGCGACCUCGCUCUCUAAAGGCUCGGCAAAGAUGCGACCCCGACUGGAGUCUGCCCGAGCCCACGGGGCCCAAGACGCGGCCGCAGCCGCUGUCCCGCUACCGCAGGAAGACGGCCAACGCACGUGAGCGAUACCGCAUGCGGCAAAUCAACACGGCCUUCGAGAGUCUGCGGGGCGUGCUGCCUUCGUGGGUGUGUCGCCGCCGCGCUGCCGCUGACAUGACCAAGAUCGCCACGCUGCGACUCGCCUCCGCCUACAUCAGGUCCCUGCAGGACAUGCUGGACGGCAACGCGCCGCAGGACACGUGUGCCUGGGUGCUCUCAGGCAUCCUGAAGGAGGACUCCAGACCCAAGGAGCCCCAGGCCUCCCUGUGCCACCCUAGCAGCGUGCCCACCAAGACCCCACAACAGGAAUCCGCCCACACACCCCAAGACCCAGACCUGGUAACUCUUCUGUGCGGCGCCGCUGACUCGGGACUCUUCCAGGACAACCUCGAGUCGUUCCAGUACCUCACGCCUUCAAAUGACGCGGACACGGUGACGCUGCUGCUGCUAGGGGCUGACCCUCCCCAGUGCUGGGGGAGGCGCAGCACACGCCCCCAGUGUCGUGAUGCAGGAGUCUGGUAGCGGCCAGCGCGCCGCACGCCCACGCCAGGCACAGCUCGCGGCGGUGACGGCAGGACGCCAGUCUGCACGGAGGAGCUGCUUGGGAACUUUCAUCUGUGAAUUGUGUCUCACUCAAUGAUAAGCUCAAAAUAUUUUUUUCAAACAAUAUUUUGACAGCUGAGUCUCAACAUAAUCAUACACUUAUGAGUAACGAAAUUACGGUGCCAUUUUUGUAAUAACAUCCACCAUUUUUGUUGGGGAAAGAACUCUAACACGAACCUUCUACCAAAGGCUGAGCUGCAUGUCACUUGCUUGAGUGGUGAGCCAUGGAGGCUGUCUACUCCGACCAUUACAACAUGUUAGUAACGUCAUGUACAAAUGCUGUUGAUUGUUAUGAUCGUAUUAACUUCCAGCUUCCAACCUUUUUUGAAAUUAAAAUAAAUAUUUUUCAGUUCCUACCGAAUUUGACGUUUGCUGUGAAUCAAAAAGCUAAAGGCUAAAACGCCCUUAUCUUCAUUAAUACAUCCACUUUCCUAUAUUCUAUCAGCAUUUCAUGUAUACUAUAAUCACUAUCAAUCGCAAGUUGCAAUGCGUCAAAAGAAAACACGUCACGAACGUAACACAAACACCAAACAUUUUAGUCUAGGGUGAGUAACCCCCACCCUUCCAGAACAAGCAGAACACCGCCAGCUGGUGAUGUCCACGCCGGCCAAUGCUCACCACCAAUCACCAAACACCUCAUCCGGAGGGAAGUGUGUGCCAAACAACAAUUUCAUAUCGAGCUUACGCACCUAGUUCUCCCAAUUGAUGUAUAUGAUGUUUUAUGAUCUAGUCAGGAAGCCGUGCGGGGCGGGAACCUGGGAUGCGUGUGCAGCUUCUCAAGGAGCGAGCAGUACCUAACCGAACUAGCUGAGUACACUUGGGAUGCUGUGGAGGUGUUGCAUCAGUAUUAAUUGUCAACACAUGUACGGGCAAGAGGCAGCUGUGUCCUGUGUAUCGGAGCGGGCACAAGACUUUACGUGCACUGAAAGAAAACCAACUGAAGUGUAUUGAAAGUCAAAUAUGCAAUGCUGAGGUGUACUGAGAGUACGCCCCAUGAAUGUACUGAGGGACUAGAGGUAGUGCACGUGAAGGAAGUCCCGAAAGAAACUAGUGAAGGGAUCCAGAGAAAAGUGUGCUGUAGUGAGGAGUCUGGAGAGCUGCCCCCAAGUGUACUGAGGAAUGUGGCAAGAGAACGGCGCCGCGGUGAGGGUUGUGUAUCCUGAGGUCGGGUAGCGCUAGUUGGGGUCACCUAGGAGAUUACUAUUACUAUGUUAUUAAUAUUAUGACAAAGAUUAUUUAUGUUGUUACUGAACGAAAGAAGUUGUAUAAAAUAUAUGUGGUUUUCUUUU